CGUCGCUACGAUUGGCCCCUUCACCAUAAGGUUUUAAUUUUGAAUUUUUCUUCAUGACGAGGGCGAGACCACUACCUGGACUUCAUCUAAUCCCCGGGCUCUUAGUCUAAUAUGUUUAUUGAUUUUAGAGAGAGAGGAAAGGAAAAAGAGAAACGUCGAUCGGGUUGCAUCCUACCUGGAAUGGAACCAGCAACCUAGGAAUCAUGCUUAAGUUCAAACAACAAAGAAGAAAGCUGAAAACAAAAGCAAAAAGAUUAUUGAAAAAAAGAAAAGCCUCUCACUUUCAGUCCCAGCUAAUUACACCUCCUGCUCCACCACCAUCCCCAGAAAGAGUGAUUAUUUCUUCCACAAAUAUACCCCUUAGCAGAAGCUGGCUAAGACCAUCCUGGAACUUCACAUUUCCCAGUAUCAAAGAUGCAGUAAAACUCUGGACGAGGAGGGUGUGGUCUCUAUACAACUGGUGCCAGAACUGCACAGCCCAGAGUUUAGAAGUAUUGAAAGAUGCCAUCUUUCCUUCCCGUUUCUGCCACCGAGAACUUGAUAGUCUGAAACAACGGUUCUGCAUUUUGGAAAAUGAAUUGUCCAAGCUCCAGGAAGCACUGAAGACUAUCUCAGAAAAUUCGUCCUGUCCAAGCUGUGGUCGGACCUGCUGCAUGAGUGGUAAACUUACAGACGUGCCUGCCGGUGUUCCAACCGCCCCCGGAGUGUCCCGGGCUGUACUUCCUGCCACGCCGCCACAGCCAGCCGACUCGCUUUCUCCUCCUCCGCCCCUGCCACCUCCACCACCCCCACCUCCUCCUCUGCCUCCACCUCCACCACCCACAGCACCUUUGCUGCUCAGAAGAUCCAAUCUCACUAAAGCACUUCAGGCUGGACCAUUAAAAAAAGAUGGACCCAUGCAGAUAACAGUUAAAGAUCUACAGACUGUGAAACUAAAGAAAACACAGAGUUUUGAUGAAAGGAAGAAGCUUGUUCCAUCACCAAAGGCACGGAAUCCACUAGUUACGGUCUCUGACCUGCAGCGUGUUACGCUGAAGCCCAACUCCAAAGUGUCAUCAACUCGAGUCACACAUGUCUUAAUUACUCCUGGUAAAAGUCAGAUAGAUCUGCGGAAACUACUUAGAAAAGUCGACGUAGAAAGGAGCCCAGGGGGGACCCCACUUACCAAUAAAGAAAAUAUGGAAACAGGAACCGGACUGACCCCAGUGAUGACACGGGCCUUGAGAAAAAAGUUUCAGGCACUGUGCUGCAGUACCAGGGAUACAGUGGCAAGCAAAACAGACACAGAGGCAAGCAAAACGAAACAGAGGUACUGUUUCGGAGCUUUCAGUCUAGCGGCAAAAAGAGAUGUUAAUCAAAUAAUCACAUCUGGCUCACCCUAGAAGCCCAACUCAAACUCUGCCACUUUCUACAAGCAGCUUUGAUGAGUAAAACUGAUGCCAAUUCUGCCUGACUCCAUGUGAUAUCCAUAAAAUAUGCUGAUGAAAUCACCUCACUCCUUUUGUAAAAAUGUAGUAUGUAUAAUUAUUCUAAUAUAUAAUUCCAUUUAAAGAAUUAUGUAUGGAGCUUGUAUGUACUGUCAUAUAAAGGGGGUAUUUGGAUAUUUUCUAGUUGGCAUGAUCAGUAAGAGAACAGAAUGGAAAAUACAAUCCCCAAAGUGAUGUUUAUCCUGGAAUUACUCAACUUAGGGUAGAGAGGUUGUUCAAAUAUAACUAGAUGAUUCUAAUUUGUACUCUGUGGGUGCAUGUAUAACCGUAAGACAGUAACCUAGUUCCCAUGCAUCUUGCGUGUUUUCAGGUAAUUGUAAAGAAAAGUAUUUCAGCCUGUAAAGCUCAUGCAUUCAUUUAAGUACUACAAACUUGAUCAAUUAAAAACACCCUCUGGAUUUGGUUUCUGUUCAUUACAAACAGUUAAGAAGUAAGAACAUUCUCCAUCCAAACCCAACUAUUUUUCAAAAGGUGGGGAAGCGGAAGAUCCAAUGUGACCUUAAAAAUUAGAAUGAUGAUUCCUAGUAUCUUAGGUAGGUAGUUACCUCCGGCUCACUGAAGUCAGAGAUAUCUGUUAUUUUGCUGUCUGCUGUCCACAUUCGAACAGUGAAAUCUGAAUUUCAUGAAGGCUCGACAUAAACCUUACAUUUUUUGCGGUACCCUGUGAAGGAUUCUUUGAGGGCUAUAGGAGGUUCACUGUAAGACCUGAUACCCUGUCCUCAACAGCCUAUUGAUUCAGUAACAGUAAUAAUGCACCCCUAACUGUGUUUUUGUUCUUUCCUGCCAGUCCAGAGUUGCCAGAUUUAGUAAACAUGUAACACCUAAUCAAAUUUGAAAUUCAUAUCAACAGCAGGUAACUUUUAAAUAUAAACUUGUCCCAUUAAAUAAUAAAUCAUUUUUAGUAUAAUUAUGUCCCAAAUAUUGCAUAGGACAUAUGUAUAAUAAAACAAAAUGUAUUGUUUACCUGAAAUUCACAUUUAAGUGGGCAUUCUACAUUUUAUUUGAUGACCAUCAGUUCCCUACAAAGUUGCCAAGGAUUUCUGGGAGCCCCCAGUUUGUCGGAGGGACGUAUCUGCUUGGCAGUGGACACAAUUACGGCUUCAGCAGGGAUCCCCACCACUGAUGUUGUAACUAUCAAGGCGGAAGGGGAACUUGCAUUGGUGUGAGUGUAACUGAAAGCACCGGAUUAGCUUCAAUGCCAAGACCUCCACUGUGGCUCCAGGAACAAGGAUGGCAGUUCUUUGUGGAGAGUAACCAAGAGGGUUCACGUCUUCACUACACUUUUUAGCCUGAGAGGAAGCAGCAACGUAGACCAUAUCUUUGAAAUAUCCCCCUGGCUAGCCUAGGCUAAAAAGUUAUUUUAACAAUUUCCCAAAUAAAUAUUGCUUUGAGAUGCCACAUAGUGUUAUAAAGUUACUAGACUGGUAACUUACCAGACUGGAAACUUACCAGACUGGAAGAUAGACCUGGGGAUACUUUUGUUUUUAUGACGUCCCCACUUGUGUUUACAGCACAUUGAUAGAUAAAAAUUCAACAGAUAAUAAAGUUAAGAAACAUUUGUGCUUCCAGUGAAAGUUUCUUUUAACCUGCUAGCUACAUGUAUGCUAUGGGUGAAUAAAAAGAAUGUUUACUGAGAAUAAAGUAGUUGAAUAUCUGUACAAAAUAUUUUUUGAGGCAUUCAUAAUGUUUCUAAUAUUAAUACACCACUAUGUAUUAUAUCAAUGUAAUUUAAAUGAUUUGAUCAUUCUUAUGGAAUAAAGGUUCAUUAAAAAUAUUAUAGAAAUACUAUAGAUAAAUAUUUGUAAAGCUGCUAUUGCCAUUGUACCAGUAUUAAAAUGUAUUCUACCUUGCAUUCAUCUACUGUUAUGACAGAUUUUAUACUGUGCUCAUUUGAGAAUCCUAUAAAUGAAGCUAUAGCUUCAUUAAACUGUUGCUGAUUGUAUGCUCCCAUUGUUUAUUUUGAGACUAAAUGAAAACCAGAGAGUAUAAACUACAGGUGUAUCUGGUCUUGUUUUUAGGUAAAGAGCAAAAGUAAAAACCUUUGAUUUUUCUCUUUUUUAAUGUUUUCACUAGAACCAUAGCACAUACAGAAAUGUAUAUGAAACAUAAAUAUAUAAAUUAAAUUAUAAAGCAAACUCUCAUCUA